AUGUAUCUUUCAUACUAUUCAGUAGUGCUCGUUUUGCCAUUAUACGUCGCGCAAAUAACGGUAUCAAAUGAAGGCGAUGAGGCAAUACAAGCAGAUGAGGAAAUGCAAGAAGACGAAAUAAGAACUGUAUCUGAUGACGGGAAAGCAAACGAAAAACGGUACAAAUGUGAAGUAUGCGAUCAGCAAUUCGGAUAUUCAGGCACUCUGAAACGCCAUAAGAUGAUACAUACCGAUGAAAAAAAUUACAUAUGUACGGUAUGCAAUAAAGCGUUCAGACGGUCCAACGAUUUGAAGAGCCACCAAUUGAUACAUGGAAACGAACAACCAUUCAAAUGUUACGUGUGCAAUAAAAUAUUAAAACGGUCCGGUGAACUGAAGAUACACCAAUUGACGCACGGAAACGAACGACCAUUCAAAUGUUACGUGUGCAAUAAAACAUUCAAACGGUCCGGCGGACUGAAGAUGCAUCAAGUGACGCACGGAAACGAACGAUUAUUUAAAUGUAACGUGUGCAAUAAAACAUUGAAACGGUCCAGCGAACUGAAGAUGCACCAAAUGACUCACGGAAACGAACGACCAUUCAAAUGUUACGUGUGCAAUAAAACAUUCAAACGGUCCAGCGAACUGAAGAUGCACCAAAUGACUCACGGAAACGAACGAUUAUUUAAAUGUAAUGUGUGCAAUAAAACAUUCAAACGGUCCAGCGAACUGAAGAUACACCAAGUGAUGCACGGAAACGAACGACCAUUCAAAUGUCCCAUGUGCAAUAAAACAUUCAAACGAUCCGACGAUUUGAAAAAACAUCAAGUGAUGCACGCGAACGAACGACCAUUCAAAUGUUACUUUUGCAAUGAAACAUUCAAGAGGUCCGGUGGACUGAAGAUCCACCAAGUGAUCCACGGAAACGAACGACCAUUCAAAUGUUACGUGUGCAAUAAAACAUUCAGAAUAUCCGAGAAUUUGAAGAAACACAAUUUGACGCAUGGAAACAACCGACCAUUUAAAUGUCACAUGUGCAAUAAAACAUUCAAGGUGUCCCGGAAUCUGAAGAAGCACAUAUUGAUUCAUGGAAACAUGCGGCCAUUCAAAUGUGAAGUAUGUGGUGGGAAAUUCACUAGGAAAAGUUGUUUGAAUAGACACAUGAAAUUGCAUAAAAGUUCGGAUGAAAAGCGAUAUUCCAUAGCAAGCUCCUUAAUGAUAUCGAUAGCAGAUGAUAUCAUUGACACAGAAAUAUUUAUAAGAAAAUAA